AUGUGCGUGUGCUCUUCCUCCCCUUUCCCCUCUCAAAUACCCCCCUUUUUUUCUCUGUUACCGUUGACAUUUCUUUACUGCACGGGAAGUUCCAGUUAUUUCCAUCCAUCCAUCCAUUUGUUCAUUUUUAUUUUUUUUGCUUCCGCUUUAUUUAAUUUCCCCCUAACUUCAUCCACCUCUUUCACUCUUCAACACACCUACACCUACACGUACGUGAAUACAUGUGCAAAUGUAGCUUGUGUGCUCCUGCUAUUGUUGUUGUUGUUCCGUCAGUGCGUGCCGCAACUGCUUUGCCACACAGGUUCGGACAUUAAAUUCGUUCAAACGUUUGGACAAGGCAAAAUUGUGGACACAGAAGUCGAGAAGAGAUGA